AUGGCAUCUCAUAUUGUUGGAUACCCCCGUAUGGGUCCCAAGAGAGAAUUGAAAUUUGCUUUGGAGUCCUUCUGGGAUGGUAAAAGCAGUGCCGAGGAUUUGAAGAAGGUGUCUGCUGAUCUCAGGGCAUCAAUCUGGAAACAGAUGUCUGAUGCUGGGAUCAAGUAUAUUCCAAGCAACACUUUCUCUUACUAUGAUCAGGUACUUGAUGCCACCGCUACCCUCGGUGCUGUUCCACCAAGGUACGGCUGGACCGGUGGGGAGAUCGGGUUUGAUACCUACUUCUCAAUGGCCAGAGGUAAUGCUACCGUGCCUGCUAUGGAGAUGACCAAGUGGUUCGACACCAACUACCACUUUAUUGUCCCAGAAUUGGGUCCUGAUGUGAACUUCGUUUAUUCUUCUCACAAGGCUGUUGAAGAAUACAAGGAAGCCAAGGCUCUUGGAGUUGAAACUGUUCCCGUCCUUGUUGGCCCUGUAUCAUACUUGUUGCUAUCCAAACCCGCCAAGGGAGUUGACAAAACCUUUUCUCUCCUAUCUCUGCUUCCCAAAGUCCUUGCUAUCUACAAGGAGGUUAUUGCUGAUCUCAAGGCAGCUGGUGCCCAAUUUAUUCAAUUUGAUGAACCCACACUUGUCUUGGAUCUUGAAUCUCACAAGUUGCAAGCAUUUACCGAUGCAUAUGCAGAGCUUACACCUGCUCUUUCUGGUGUGCAUGUUCUUGUUGAGACCUACUUUGCUGAUCUUACUGCUGAAGCAUACAAGACCCUUACAUCUUUGAGUGGUGUCAACGCAUAUGGAUUUGAUUUAGUCCGUGGAGCUAAGACUAUUGAUUUGAUCAAGGCUGGAUUUCCCAGUGAUAAAUGGAUCUUUGCUGGAGUGGUUGAUGGAAGGAACAUUUGGGCAAACGAUCUUGCUGACUCUCUCAAAACAUUAGAGACUCUUGCUGGCAUUGUGGGAAAAGAGAGAAUUGUUGUGUCCACCUCCAGCUCACUUCUUCACACUGCGGUGGAUCUUGUUAACGAGACCAAGUUGGAUGAUGAAAUUAAGUCAUGGCUAGCUUUUGCCGCCCAAAAAGUUGUUGAAGUAAACGCAUUGGCUAAUGCAUUUUCUGGCAAAAAGGAUGAGGCCUUCUUCUCUGCUAAUGCUGCAGCUCAGGCUUCAAGAAAGUCCUCUCCAAGAGUGACUAACGAGGCUGUUCAGAAGGCUGCUGCUGCAUUGAAGGGUUCCGACCAUCGCCGUGCUACUAAUGUCAGUGCCAGGUUGGAUGCCCAACAAAAGAAGCUUAACCUUCCAAUCCUCCCAACCACCACUAUUGGAUCAUUCCCUCAGACUGUAGAACUUAGGAGGGUGCGUCGUGAAUUCAAGGCUAAGAAGAUCUCUGAGGAAGAGUACAUCAAGGCAAUCAAGGAGGAAAUCCGCCAAGUUGUUGAACUUCAAGAAGAGCUUGAUAUUGAUGUCCUAGUACACGGAGAGCCAGAGAGGAACGAUAUGGUUGAGUACUUUGGUGAGCAGUUGUCAGGGUUUGCCUUUACUGCCAAUGGGUGGGUGCAAUCCUAUGGAUCUCGUUGUGUCAAGCCACCAAUCAUCUAUGGUGAUGUGAGCCGCCCAAAGGCAAUGACUGUCUUCUGGUCAGCUCUUGCUCAGAGCUUUACCAAGCGUCCAAUGAAGGGAAUGCUUACUGGCCCUGUCACCAUUCUCAACUGGUCCUUCGUUAGAGUUGACCAACCUAGAUCUGAGACCUGCUAUCAAAUUGCUUUGGCUAUCAAGGAUGAAGUAGAAGACCUUGAAAAGGGUGGUAUUGGGGUUAUUCAAAUUGAUGAGGCUGCUUUGAGAGAGGGACUUCCAUUGAGGAAGUCAGAACAUGCUCACUACUUGGACUGGGCUGUCCAUUCCUUCAGAAUCACCAAUGUUGGUGUUCAGGAUUCCACUCAGAUCCACACUCACAUGUGCUACUCAAACUUCAACGACAUCAUUCACUCCAUCAUUAAUAUGGAUGCUGAUGUUAUCACCAUUGAGAACUCCCGUUCAGACGAAAAGCUUCUGUCAGUCUUCCGUGAAGGAGUUGUUUAUGGUGCUGGAAUUGGACCUGGUGUAUAUGACAUCCACUCCCCAAGAAUACCACCUACUGAAGAGAUUGCUGACAGGAUUAACAAGAUGCUUGCUGUGCUUGAGAAGAACAUUUUGUGGGUCAACCCUGACUGUGGGCUCAAAACCCGCAAGUACUCAGAGGUUAAGCCUGCCCUCACCAACUUGGUUGCAGCAGCCAAGCAAAUCCGAAAUGAGCUUGCCAAGUGA